AUGAAUGAAACAAAUGAAAUUGUUGAGUCCACUGUGGUCGCAAUUACAAAUGAAGCUAUUGACAAUAAUCAAAAUACUAUUCCUUCAUGGCAAACCACACAAAUUGUUCAACCCACGGCUUGUGAAUGUGUUUUUAUUUGGACAAUUGGUCGAUCAGGUUCAACGUUAAUCGGGAAAUUAUUGAACAGUCAUCCAGAUGUGCAAUAUUAUAAUGAACCGCUCCAUCGUUUUUACAGAAAGGUCUUACGUAUUCAUAUACAAUUAUACGGAACCGAAAAUCGUGAGGAAGUACUUUUACCUGCUAUUUCAAAGAUUAACUCAAUUUUCAAUCAAUCAUUCAAUCCAUGCAAACAUAUUAUUAUAAAAGAACUACACCCACGGUUACCAGGGGGGUUAACUCACUUUUCUCCUAAUUUAAAAGAUACUAUUAAAUUUAUACAUCUUAUAAGAGACCCGAGAGCGGCUUUAAAUUCUAUGCUUAACUUGAGAUGGUUCAAAAGUACUGACUUACCUGUUGUUGCUACUAAACUUUGUCAAGCAACAUUAAGAGACUUCAAAUUUGGUCUCACAUACAUGAAUCAAAGUAUAUAUUAUAUGAUAAAAUACGAGGAGUUAUGCACAAACCUUAGUCAAAAUGUUAUGGCUUUAUUGAAUUUUACUCAACUCAAAAAAAGUUCUCAAGUAAAUGAUUAUAUCAUGAAAAUUCAGCAAGCAAAAAAUGAAACUAAUAACCCUUAUGACACACAAAAAAAUCUUAAAUUACAAAUAUUUAACUGGAGAAAAAGCAUUAAUAUGAGUGUCGUCAACACAAUUGAAAGCCAUUGUUUGGAAAUGAUAAACACCUUAGGCUAUAAACUUGUAAAUGGAAAUAUAGAAAUUCUUAGAAAUCUGUCAAUACCUUUGCAUUAG